UAAUUGUCAAGAGUGACAGAUCGACGUAACCAUGUAGAUGGACCGGAGUGCAUAUUUUACGGACUAUGCUGUGCACAUAGAUGGUUCUGCUGCAACUAUGCCUGCGAUCGAAGCGCCAUCAUCCUGGCAGCUCCCAUUGCUCAGAAGUAGUAGACUGAUUAUCGCUAGAAUAAUCAUCUGCUCCAACCACUAGCGCAAUAUGCAGGGCUAUUGUAUUCGAGAAGGACUGAAGGUCUAUAUACCAGAGUAUAUUCUGAAGCUAAAUCCUGACUCCUGCCUAUUAUUUGGGUGCAGGACGCAAACCUCAUGCUUCAUCACGGCCGUCAUUCAUUUGCCUGUGAAAAUACACGAACUAGAAAACCUAUUGAGUCGGUGUAAUUCGCCGAAACCUUCGCAGCGUGUUUCCGGCCGAAUCGGCGGUGCGCUGCCUGCAUGUGCGUGGGAUGUUGUAGGAAUAUGGAAUAGUGCGCAUUCUGACAUCGGUGAUCAUCGUGAACAUGAUGGUCAUGUGAACACGGCACAUCUGCUGGGAGCGUUGAGACACAGACUCGGUGAUCAUCGCGAAAAGGACGCAUCCUGGUUGGUGAUCGAGGCAAAGCCGUCAGAACUUCCUCAUGCUCACUUAAGUCCCGUCGGAAGUAUGUGUGCCUCGCAGCCGCAGCUGCCAAUUCUGCUCAUAGCCUAUAAGACAUCUACGUUGCUACAGUCAUGUGUCCUGCAGCAACCAGAACCAGCAGUAAGGUCCCCAUCGGAAACCGCUGACAUGAUCAUAUUGACACGGAUUUUACGGCAAUACUGUUGCUUGAGAGAGCGGUGGGCCGUCACGGAAAAGAUGGUGCGGGUAGAUAGUACGGAUCUCAUUGGUAGAGCCGUGUUCAGAGAGAAACAAGUAGUGGUCCCAGAUAGUCCAAUAUCCCCUGUUCCACACAGGGCCGUGUCCAGGGUAUCGAAGGUUAUUGCUUGGUCUUCAACGGGGCGGCAGCUUGUAAAUAGUUAUAAUAAGAUCAAGCUGCUUUCAUCUGAUCAGCCAAUACUCAGGAAAUGGAAUGUAGCAACCUCAAUAGCACUAGAUGUGUUGCUAGGGUUGCUUCUACUUUACACUUUGCAUUCCUAUGGCUACAACCACAUAACCUUUGCAACACACAUAUUGGAUUUUGCUGAUAGGAUUGUGGGACUUCUACAGACCAUCCUGAUCUGGCUAAUGGGAGUUCCUGCUGGCUUAAAGCUUAAUGCACCUCUCAACUUUGCCCUUGGCAGAUUCUUUCUCUAUCACAUCUACCUGUGGAAAGGUUACAUUGUCGUGUUACUGAAGCCGAACCUACCAGCGCUCGUGUUCUGCGUCGGAGUGGUCGGCUUGGGAGGCCUGAGUUUUCAGAUCAGUAUGCUCAGUGAUGUUGUGGUGCUGCUCACUGUGCAUAUAUACUGCUUCUAUGUCUAUGCAGCAAG